AUGAGUGACCGCAAAAUCGUUCUAGUGACGGGCUGUGCCAAGGGUGGAAUUGGAUAUGAGUACUGCAGGGCAUUUGCAGGGCAAAAUUGUCAAGUUUUCGCGUCUGACAUCUCACAUAGGAUGCAAGACAUGUUGGAUUUGAAGUCAGACAACAUAGACACAGUCGAGCUCGAUGUGAGUUGUGAUGAGAGCGUGAGAUCGGCCAUGGACACUGUGCUGUCCAAGUGUGGACGCAUAGACAUUCUGAUUAAUAACGCUGGGAUAGGUAGCACAGGCCCUCUAGCUGAGCUGCCCCUAGAUGCAAUUAGGAAGGCCUGGGAAAUCAACACUUUGGGGCAAAUAAGGUUGGUGCAACAUGUGGUCCCCCACAUGGCUUUGCGUAGAAGUGGGAGCAUAGUGAACGUUGGGAGUAUUGUGGGCACAGUGUCUACUCCGUGGGCAGGCUCUUACUGUGCUAGCAAGGCUGCCGUGAUUGCCAUGUCUAAUAGCUUACGUCUUGAGCUCAGGCCAUUUGGGAUUAAGGUUGUUCAGGUUCUGCCUGGGGCCGUCAGGUCCAAUUUGGGGAGCACCAAUUUGGAGAAAGUGGGGAGUUACCAAUGGAAGCUUUAUAAGGAGUUUAAGGAUGUUAUAACGGAACGAGCAAGGGCUUCCCAGGGUAACAAAGCCAUGGAUGGUGCAAUAUUUGCCAGACAUGUUGCCAAGAAGGUUUUGAGUCCCAAGCCACCUAGACAAAUUGUGUUUGGUCACAUGACUGGCUUGUUCGCCUUGCUUUCUUGGUCUCCGCUGUGGGCGAGAGACCUCUUUUUCUCCAACCGCUUUGGCCUAAACAAAAACGUUCCAUGA